AUGACAGAUUUAACUGACGCAGAGUUAAACAUGGAAUUUAUGGAAGAAUUUUAUUCACGAAAUAUAGCUAAUACUUUGCUAGAAGGAAUAUCAAACUAUGAAUUUAAAAAUAUUAAUAUUCAAAUUAAUACAAAUCAGUAUACCCCACGAAGAAAUGUUCUCGGAUUUGGUGAUGAAGGAAUUAGUUACGAAUUCUCUGCAACGAGGCUUGGUGCAGAACCUUGGUCGCAGUCUCUUCUAAAUAUUAAAGAAGACGUUGAAACAGUGACAGGCAUAAAAUAUAAUUUUGUCUUAUUGAACUACUGUCCUGACGGACUUGCUAAGAUAUCUAUGCACAAAUACUACGAAGCUUGUCUCGAAUCUGAAUGUGAUAUACCUACCAUCAGUUUAGGUGCAAAACGUCGAAUGAUAUUUUCCGGACUAACUUUUACAUCUCGUACUCUGGACUUAAAUCAUGGAUCACUCAUCAUGACAAAACCACCAACGAAUCAACUUUGGAUGCACGGAAUACCGUCCCAAACUGAUGUUAAAGAUCCUAAAAUUAGACUCCAUAUAUACCAUUUCGCAGCAUAA